AUGCACCACUUUAUUGCGCAGUUCAAUGUUACUAUUACACAUGUACCUGGAGAGCUGAACAAGUUACCAGACAUGUGGAGUCGUGUUCAUCAGGGAACGGCGGAUAUCAACUACCCAUCUGUGUUCUACACGUCAUGUUGGAAAUUGUAUCCGGAUUUCUUUGACCAGGUCCAGAAAAAUUUGGGGCCCAACGACGUCGAUGCCUUUGCGUCGAGUCACAACACUCAACUCGACAAUACUG